AUGGAGCCAGUCCAAAAACAUUCCGUCCACACCUUGAUUUUUCGAUCACUCAAGCGUACGCACGACAUGUUUGAGUCCGAUCAAGCUCGUCUACCCUCCAUAGAUGAAAAAUGGUACUGUUUUUCACCUUAUGGUUUCAGCCAUAAUAUCAAAUUUGAUAUAAAAAAGAGAGAUCAAUAUAAAUCUAUAUUGGAUCUACCAAAGGAAAAUUAUUUCAAGUCAAAAGCGUUAGCCAUUAGUAAUGGUGACAUACCCAGCUUAUCUUCAGAAAAACCUAAGCUCAAGUACUUACCUAAGUUUCAUAUUAUGUAUAGGCAUCCCGAUUUAUCCGAUUUAUCAAUUGUCCAAAUCGGUAAUGAGAAUAUGAUUUUGCCCAAAAAGGCCCCUACAAUGCCUAAACCCACAUGGCACCCACCUUGGAAACUUUGCAGAGUUAUCAGUGGUCAUACUGGCUGGGUUAGAUGUGUUGCUUUUGAUCCCACUAAUGACUUUUUCGUAACUGGUGCUGCUGAUCGUAUGAUUAAGGUUUGGGAUUUUGCAAGUGGGACUCUCAAGCUAACCCUUACUGGGCACAUAAGUACUGUGCGUGGUGUUGCAAUAAGCACACGACAACCUUACUUAUUUUCGUGCGGAGAAGAUAAGACGGUUAAAUGCUGGGAUCUUGAGCAGAAUAAGGUUAUCCGUCAUUAUCACGGCCAUAUGUCUGCUGUAUAUGCAAUUGAUCUUCAUCCUUCCUUGGAUAUCGUUUUAACCUGUGGUCGUGACGCUACAGCAAGGGUGUGGGAUAUGCGGACAAAGGCU